AUGUUCAAAGAGCGCCGCCAAAUAGCACUGUCGUGUGAUACACAGUAUGAUGGAACAGCUGUCUCACUAAGGAAGACAGCAAACAAAUGGCGCAAAGGGCUGAUCCGAUCCGAAGCGGGCACAACGCACGGAGCAACGUCAACACAGAUCGUCCUGCCUGCCUAUCGUCAUUCCACCAUUCCAAGGCAAUGCUCGGAGAUGCUCAGUGUUCAGAGCGCUCGGCUUCUGUCGACCACAGAGCGGAUCACACCCGGUAACGGAGUCUGCGACGGACGUCGUCUGGAUAGUUGCGAGACCGAGCACUUAGCAACCAAAGUAAAAACUAAAUAA